UACACAACCACUAGCAGCCAGCUCCCUCUCCCUCCCCUCACACACCCGCUGUACCGCCCUCUCUAUCCAGCAGGGGGCUUCUCCCUGGAUCUCCACACAGCUGGCAUUGCAUUAGCCACAACAAUAAUAAUCGCAGCACAGCAUAGCUUAGCAGCACAUCCCUAGAACUCCAGCUAGCAGCAGACAAAAGGCAGAAAGGGGCUGGGAUGCUGGAAGUGAGGAGCUAGCUACUCACACACCCUCUCUCUCUCUCUCUCUCUCUCUCUCUCUCUCUCUCUCUCUCUCUCUCUCUCUCUCUCUCUCUCUCUCUCUCUCUGAUCAGGGUCUGCUCUCACAUCAGGAGGGCUAGAAGCUCGCAGCUACACAGGAAAAACAAUUCCUUGCCAAUUCCUCUGAUUUUCAUUACUGGGAAGGGAAGCGGGGCUUGCAAAGGAAAGAAAACUAUACCCCUGCCUGCCCCAGCCCAUAGGCUCCACCGAUUAGCCAGUGAAGACUCAAGACUUUAUCAGAGGAUAAAAAAAAAAAAUACAAAAUCUGCAAUCAGAAGGAGAAAGCAACAGCAGGAUUCAUGGAGAUGUCUGACACGUUGAUUCAGCAGGAGAGACUGCAGGCUAUAGCGGAGAAACGGAAGCGACAGACGGAGAUUGAGAACAAACGAAGACAACUGGAGGAUGAGCGGAGACAGCUGCAACAUCUCAAGUCGAAGGCUCUGCGGGAGCGAUGGCUGCUGGAUGGAGCACCCUCUGCUGCCUCGGAGGAAGACGAAGCCAUGAAGAAACAACUGCAAGAGGACGAGGCCAAGACCAAGGGACUGGAGGAGACCAUUCAGCGUCUGGAGCAGGAGUUAGAGGAGCUUGAGACAGGUGUAUCAGCCACUUCCACCAAAGAGAACCUGUCUGGGGCAGCAAACGAGGAGAGUGGGAAGACGGGAGACCACACUGAGAAAAGUCUUUCCAGCUCAGUCAAAGAGGUCAGAGUUCACAGCAGCCCUCGUCUGGACAAGUCCGGAGGGGACUCUGAUCUGAUGAGAGCAGCCAUGUACUCGGUGGAGAUAACCAUUGAGAAGGACAGAGUGACUGGGGAAACGAAAGUGCUGUCUACUAACACCCUACUGCCCAAAAACCUCUCGCACCACGGGGUCAAAGUGUAUGAGGAUGACCUGAAAGUGGUUCACGCAGUGCGAACAGGGGAUGGUGCCAUAGAGAACGGGGUCCAUCUCCUGAGUUCCACUGAAGUGGAGGAGCUGAUCCACAAAGCGGACGAGGUCUCAAUGAGCGACACCCUUACGAGCAAGGAUGGAGAGGGUACCCCCAAGUCCACCACACAGACCCCCAAGAAGGAAAUCACUGGCAUUGAAGCCAAGCCUGCAGCCAGCCCCCAAGCCACCGGCAAUCCCAGCUCUGAUGCCAGCCUGGAGCACCCGGUCACUAUGGUUUUCAUGGGCUACCAGAAUGUGGAAGAUGAGGCAGAGACCAGCAAAGUGCUGGGGCUUGAAGGCACGGUGAAGGCAGAGUUGGUGGUGAUUGAAGAUGGGAAUGGGAAAGGGGGUGCAGGGGAGGGGAAGGAGGGGCAGGAAGAGCAGCAGCAAGCUCCACCCAACGGGAGCACCGCAGAACCUCCCAAGAAUCAGGAAGGAGGGGAGAAGGGUGAGGCCGAACCCGGAGCUGGAGAGGUCAAUACCAAGGAGAAACAGCCUUGCAAGUGCUGCGCAGUCAUGUGAACCUGCCCUUACCGGACUGGACUUUUGAGGAAAACAAACAAACAAACAAAUACAUUCUGUUUCUUUUGAGAGACUGCCCCCCCUUUUUUGCACCUGAAGUACUACUACCAUGAAACAGUGUUUUAAGGGCUUACAGAAUACCUUAUAUAAGUUAAUAUGCACAGUUGACACUGUUUUUUAUGGAGUGUCGAGAACAGAGCAUUUUUCCCAUCGAUAAGACGAUAAAAUAAUAGACAGGAUCAACUGUACAUAUUAAGCUAUUAUAAAUCAUAUUUAAAUCUGUCUUUGGAAGUUUUGUCAGUUUGUGGUCUAGUGUGCACAAGACGACAUACAAGGCAAAAUAAAAUGUACUGGAAUGUUCCGAAAUCCUGUCUGAAAGUGGCUAUAUGAUUUAUAAUACAGUUUACAACAAAGACAAUACUGGGUUGCAUGUGAUAUAGUGCAGUCACAGGAGGGGUCAACAAGGAUGUGGGUCUAAACAGUGUUGGGGCAUAACACACUGCAUAUAAUCCAUUACUGUAAUCGGAUUACAUUUUUCAGUAACUUGUAACGGGAAUGGUUUCUUUUCCAGACCGGUAACAUUUGUUGUGAAAAAAAUAACAUGAUUAUGCUUUUUAUUGAUCCCUUGCCUUUGAGAUCAGGGGUUUUGACUAGGAAACCAUUAGCUGCAGCUAAUGCAUAACACAAAAACCAGAAAGAGCUUCAACAGUGCAAGUCAAAACUUACCCGUCACACGAACACGCUUUUUAUAUCAUCUUGCUAGAAAAUGGUGUCAGAGAGAGCAACUAGUGGGUUCAAUGGCAGGAUCUCUGUAAACUGCAAACUGCCUAUUAGUAGGUGUAACUAGUGAUAAGUUACUACAAUUAGUUGCAGUUUUGUUCAAGUAAAUUGUAACCAUAAUGGAUUACUUUUUAAAGGUAACUCCCCCAACACUAGCUACAGAGCCAAUGACUGACAAGGCGAUUUGUUUGCAGAAAGGGGUCCGGUUUCAUUGCCAGUGGACUAUAACCCAGGCUGAAUAAAAACACCAAAACAAUCAUAACUACGCUGAAAAAAGGAAUAGCUGCAAUUCCAUAAAGUGAUGUGUUUGUUGUAAACACUACAGCUUCUUUCUGUAAGCCUUUAAGGGUUGUAGGGGAGUAUCCAGCCUCCUCUCUUCCCUUGUCUUUCUGUUUUUGUCUCUCAUAUGAACCCAGUGCAGAUGCCCUGGGUGCUCUGUGUUAAAGAGCAACUUGGUAGGGGGCAGAAAUACCAGAUCAAUGUAUUCUUCUUGUUUAGAAACACUUUGGAUAUAUUUUUCUUUGCCAGUCACCACAUCCCAGUGACUUUGUAAAACUCAGAUGGUAAAAGCACCCCUGUAUAGCUGAUUAUUAACCUGCCCCCCCCCCCCCUGCAACAGACUGCCCCCACUGGAUGUAACCCUAAACCCCACUGGAUGUAACUCUUACUGGUGCAGGGGUACAAGGCAAUGUUUAAACUCUGAAUACCAGCUGUACUUAAAGACGAGAUACCUUCCAGAAGCCUUUCACGGCUCAGGGUGCUUUUACCAAAAGUCACCAAGAUGUGGUGACUUAAACAGAAAAGGAUAUACAAAGUCAUUCUAAAAAAGAAGAGACGUGCAUUAAGAUAGCUGAUUUUUCAGACUCAUUAAUCCCGCUAGUGUUUCCCCCCUACCUGGGUUUUUGAUCCUCUUAUUUGCGUCGCUUAAUACAACACACAACACAAUGGUAAGAGGUCUGUGCAUGAGUAAGGUUCGGAGUUUGAGUCACUAUUAAAGGGAUCUCCAGUUUAAUAUCCUAUUUUGUUGUGUCUGACUCUCUAUUGUAGCUUUGAUCAUCAUUUUCUCCUUAGCCAUUCCGGAUAAAAAGUGUUGAAUAGGCUUCAGCAGACAGCGCAACACUAAUAUGCUUCAUUGUUUCCCGACAAUCAGCAUUGUGGAGUCUUUUCAGAAGCAAUGUUAGUGCAACUGAGACUACAAUGGAGACUCAUGCAGAACGCACAUAGUUUACACUAUGGGUUUCCAUGGAGUCCUGCAGUUAUUCCACAAAUAAGGAUAACUCGGACAAGCCCCCAAAGGUGUCGAGUAUUACGGCUGUCCUCGUUAAUGGAGUAUUCUGUUGAUGUAACAAGCACAAUGUAGAGAAAAGAAAGUAUGUUUAAUCACAAAUUGAAAAGAUAAAUUCGGAGAGUGACUUUCCUUCGAUCGAGCUCUACAUCUGCUUGGAUUUGAAGGACUGCAAGAUUUCCAAACGAGAUCCUGUAACUCUGUAGUGUUGAACACAACCAAUGUUAUUCCACUCUGACUCAAAACGCAUUGUAUAAAAUAGGGCACUAAACAGGUAAGCGAUAUGCUAAAACGUUUUCAAUUGACACACCUUGGGAGAGUGAGUUUCAGAUCAUCUUUAAAGCUGUGGGAAGUUUGGCCCCUAAAAGUCAAGUGAAGAUAAUUCCAGCUCUAUAUUUAUUCCAGAGAGGUCCUGUCUGUGUUCAAGGGUGGAGGAGUCAAUGUGAUAGUGUGUAUUUCAAUGGUAUUGUUGGUCUCCUAUUAUUGAAAGAUUCCCAAAGAGAAAGCAGGGAGUCUAUUGUUGAACAGUGUGAAUCAAUCACACGAUAUGAGCACUGUUGUUUUCUUCUAUCUUUGUUCUUUCAUUUCGAAGGCUGCGUCUGAAAAGUGUCCUCUUGUCAUGACUUUACCAAUUAAAAUCCUGUUUUUUGUUUCA